AACCCAAAACUUAAUUCAUUACAGUAGACCAGAUUCUUUUAAAAUACACAUUAUAUAAAUCAUCUUUUCUGACAAAUAACCGCAGAACAUGCGUUUUUCAGUGUACGAAAAAAAGGAUUGUUGUGUUACAUCUCUUGUGAAACCCGGGGAAAUGUUUAGAACUGUAUGGACUUAAACUUCGCUACUUUCAUUACAACUUGUCAACUAGUGUUUCAGCACAGCGCCGGAUAUUUGAAGUAUGUUCGGUAGAGCAAGGACUGGUGGUGUUCUCUCCGCUCCACCUGAGUGCAAUCUAGCUGUUCUGGGAACAAUGGGCUCCGGGAAGUCAGCUCUGACAGUGAAAUUCCUCACUAGACGCUUUAUCACUGAAUAUGACCCCUAUCUGGAAGACACAUAUUCUUCAGAGGAGACUGUGGACCAGCAGCCUGUCAUAGUGAAAGUGAUGGACACAACUGACCAGGAUGGGCCGGUGGACUGUGAGCGUUACCUCGCAUGGGCCAGCGCUUUUCUGGUGGUGUACAGCAUAGCAGAACGCCAUACUUUUGAGGGCUGCCAACCCUACCUGGACAUCCUGGCCCUGCACUCAAGUGGAGAAACCCCCCAACCCCCCGUCAUCCUGCUUGGGAACAAGGUGGACAUAGAAAGAUACAGGCAGGUGAGCAGGUGUGAGGGUGUGGCCUUGGCUUCGCGGUACGGCUGUCUGUUCUUCGAGGUUUCGGCCUGCCUGGACUUCCUGUCUGUGCAGCAGGUGUUCCACGAGGCGGUGCGUGAGGUGAGGCGGGGGGAUGAUCGCGAGGGGGCUCCGCUCCUGCGGCCGCUCUACAUCAACGAGGACAAACCCCCGUCCGGGUUGUCCACCUCGCCGCCCCUGCCCCCCCUGGCCACCGCCAAACUUGUGAGCGUCAAGUCCUCCCGUGCCCAGAACAAGCGCCGUGCCCCCACCCUCACGCUCAAGGGCUUCAAGAUCUUCUGACCUCAACCGCAAAAACAACCUCAUCCAGUCCUGUGUGGAAGUGAGAAGUUCAACAGAGAGAGUGCUCACGAGCACCUCUCACAGGGAGCUCCAGGACCAGCCUGACUGCAGUUCUUAUCAUUUACUCACAAACCUGGACCAAAUUACGCAUUUCCUUUGCCUUACGGAAGGGUUACAGCAAAUGCAUGGCUUUAGAAGCGCUAACAUGCUUCCUUUGAUGGACAUGCUUUGGUAGCAGUGUAGCAGAAUGGCUCCUGAACUGGAUUUGUAACUGGGGCAAUGGACUUUAUUGGACUUUAUAAGAUAGCUGAGAAUGCUCCUUUUACAUCACCACUGCUGGGUUGUUGCUGAUUCAAAAUCAAGUUAGAACAGACAGGGAAACCCCACCAGGUGGGGCUGUACUGUUCUUCUACAGCAUUCACUGAAGAAAUUAGGUUUGUGUACAUAUAGGCCUUCUAAAUGUAUUGUGAAUAGCAACAUUUUUGUUUCAGUGUAAUACAUACCCUGGUACCCAUUUACUUUUUUUUAUUAAACAGUCAGAAAUCCCAGGCAAUGACAUCAGGCACACACACAUAUUUUUUAUGCAUUGGUAAUGAACAUAUUUAUACGUAUAUCUAUGACAUAUCAGCACCAUGACAUGAUAUUGAAAAUGUAUUAUCAUAAUACUAUGUACUGCAAUUGCAAUCUGUUUUUUGUGAUGUUCUGUUCAUAAAUGCAUCAGGGGUGCUUUAUGAACACAGUUCAUAUAAGUUAUUAGCAAAUGAAAUAUAAAACAAUCA